CUUCCAGGUCGCGCCAUUCUUUAUCCCUCCACUUCCAAAAUGCUAUCGUCUCCUCCUCGUCCUCCUCACCCCCAGCGCCACCACAACCUCCGCCACCGCCACCACCUCUCCAUCCACCCUUUCCCCCACAUCCAUUUCCGCUCGAACCCCAAUUCCAACCCCCGCCUCUUCGUUAUCUCUUCUUCAUCUUCUCACACUCAACCCAACCACCACCGCCACCAAGAAACCCCACAACCCACCACCACUACAACCACCCCUAACAAAAUCUUCCGUAAACACAACGCCAAAUCCACAAACCUCCUCCUCCACCGCCUCCCAAACCGCCAACAACAAGAGGAACUCUUAUUGACAUCGAGAGGCACAGAGGAACCCAACCCCCAAACUCAACAAGACAACUCCAUAUCCUCAUCGGACAAAAUCAAGCUUCUAGAAAUGUCUUUAAUACGGAAGAGAACCCCUCAAUUCCCAGGCUCUAUCUACGUACAGUCCCCUAGCGACGUUGACGUGAACUCCUCUCUGCCGCCUCUUCACAAGAUAUUCGAUGGUGGUGGCGACGAGGAGGAGCAGGAGAUGCUGGUGAGGGCGGUUGAGAUUCGGCGGGGCGUGACGGUGGAGAUUUUUAAGGAAGCGAUGAGAAAGGGCAAGUUUGGGAUCACUUAUUAUACUAAUUUGGUUUCUAGGUUAGGUGAGUUUAUUGAUUAUGUGAUUAUUAGAGCUGCGGAGAUGAAGCAAUUGCCUGAGUUUUCGGAUUCGACGUAUAACGUUCGUGCGAAGACCUUCAUUGAUGAUUCUAAUGUUGUCCCACUUAUCAGGUGGCUGAAACACAAUUCGCUGUCAUAUCCUCAAAUUGCGAAGCUCAUAUGCAUGUCAAGAGGGAAUCUUUAUGCCAUAAGGCAUGUUGCUGAAUGGGUGAAAUCAAUUAAUGUGAAGGGGAGAUUUAUCGGGGUGGCAUUGACGAAAUCAGGAGAGAAUAUGUUGGGACGCAGUCCAGAAGAAUUGGAUGAGAUUGUUGGUUAUCUAGAAAGCCAAGGAGUGAGGAGGGUUUGGAUGGGUUAUGUCAUGAGCCAAUGUCCUCAAUUGUUGUCUUACAGUAUGGAAGAACUGAAAUCUCGGGUGCUAUUUUUCUUGGAUAUGGGCAUGAAUGAUAAAGAUUUUGGAACAAUGGUUUUUGAUUAUCCCCAGGUGUUAGGCUACUUCUCAAUGGAAGAGAUGAAGCAAAAGGUACGUUAUCUCAUGGAAUUUGGCCUCAGCUAUGAAGAUGUUGGGCGACUAUUAGCAUUCAGGCCUGAGUUGAUGCGUUGCAGCAUUGAGGAAAGAUGGAAGCCCCUUGUCAAGUAUCUAUAUUACCUAGGGGUUUCGAAAGAUGGUAUGAGGAGAAUACUUACGAUCAAACCAAUGGUUUUCUGUGUUGAUUUGGAGAGCAACAUUGUGCCAAAGGUACAAUUUUUGCGCGACAUUGGUGUUCGAGAAACUGCCAUAGGCAACAUGCUUGUCAAGUUUCCUCCAUUACUGACUUACAGCCUCUACAAGAAAAUCCGGCCAGUGGUCAUAUUCUUGUUGACGAAAGCUGGGGUUGCAAAGAGGGAUAUUGGAAAGGCAAUAGCUUUGGGGCCAGAGCUCUUGGGGUGCAGCAUACAUCAUAAGCUGGAAGUUAAUGUGAAGUAUUUUCUAUCGCUCGGUAUUUCUCUUCGAUUAUUGGGUGAAAUGGUCGCUGAUUUUCCCAUGCUACUCCGGUACAACAUAGACAUCCUCCGUCCGAAGUACCGCUAUUUGCGGAGGACUAUGGUUCGGCCUUUGAAGGAUCUCAUCGAGUUUCCAAGGUUCUUCAGUUACUCCCUUGACGGACGAAUAAUUCCAAGGCACAAGAUUCUGGUCGAGAAUAGGGUAAAUUUUAAACUGCGGUACAUGUUGCCAGGCACAGACGAAGAAUUUGACCAGAGAGUUCAGGCUGCAGUAGAAAGGCGCCGAAGAUUUGAAUCUGGUGUCAUAGACAACUCAUCUGAUUCUCAAACUGGUGGUUCCAUAGAAAGCUAUAACUACUCAUCUGAUUCUCAAUGUAAUGAUCCCAUAGAGAGGACGUCGGUUGAUUUACGUGUAAAUGACUAUACUUCCUCUGAUACUCAUACAGAAAACGAGAAUCAUCAAAGACUGUUGAAUACACAAUAGGAUUCAUAUGUACAA